AUGUCUGCGCAAGUCACGACACAGAUUCCAAGUCAAGCACUCGAAAAUGUUAUUGUUCAACGUGAAUGGAAAACUGGAAAGCCCUCAGUGAACAUCAUAUCCAUUGGUGAAAGCGAUUCAGAUUCCGAUAGAGAGAAAAGCGCUACUCGCCCGCGGGCCGAUUGGACAGAGAGCCCGCCGCUGCCAUUUUCGAAACCGCGCCAAGACCCUGCAAGACCACCACUCCCUAAUUGUCGCCACUACAUUGUGGACGGUGCCCUCAAUCCACUACCGGCCGGAUGCAUCGGAGAAAUUUGCGUGGGAGGGGCUCAGGUCGGGGUAGGAUAUCUAGGUCGACCUAAAGCAAAUGCCAAGUCAUUUAUCCAAUCAUGCGUGCCAAGUGACCGCGAGCGAAAUUGGACGAAGCUGUUCCGGACCGGUGAUAGAGAUCGCUUCCUGCGAGGAGGAGCGCUGGAAUUCCACGGAAGGAUUGCCGGUGAUAAGCAAAUCAAACUCAGAGGGUUUCGAAUAGACUUGGGAGAGAUUGAACAGGCCUUACACCGAUCCUCAAAAGAUGAUGCCUUGUCCGGCAUCAUCGAUAUCGCCGUUGUGGCAAGACCAAUUGAUGCGGAAGAUCUUAUCGCUUUCAUUGUUCCUAAGAGGAUCCCACAAACGGAUAUCGGACAAAGUGAAUAUGUGUUAUAUCUUCAAAACACUAUCAGGCCCAUCUUCAACUACUAUAUGAUGCCUAACGGCUAUCAGCUUUUGAGUGAGAUGCCAACCACCGUCGGGGGAAAAGCAGAUCGGCAACGUCUCUUACAUGUGAAACUCUCACUGGUACAUUACUCUACUACCUCUGAUCCUUAUGAGAUCUAUGAUAUUCCAGUCGCGCAACAGAGUAUCCUGAUGGAAGUGAUUGAGCUCAUGAAAUCAGUUGUAGGGGAAGAGCGGAAUAUCACACCAAACGCCAACUUCGAAAUCAAAAUUGAGAAAGCACUUCGAGAUCGCUCCUUGCAAGAAAUGUUCCAGAAGUGUACCCCACUCGCGAUAUCUGAGAUGGUAUUCAGCACCCAAGCUGGCGCGGUCAACCCCGGGACUACUCAAAGCAGCAACCCUGGAAACUUCAUAGACUGGACCCAUGAGAUUUCUCUACAAGGCAACUUGGAAGACCUAAAACUCCCCAAAACGCCACAGAUUGAAAGACUGGAAAUUUCGCGCGUGCUACUGACUGGAGCCGAUACUUUUAUCGGUGUUCAUAUGUUAGGCACGAUUUUGACAUCGAACCCGGACACCCGGGUAUUUCUUUUGGGAACCCUCAAGAGAAUCGAGAAGCAGGACCUGAUUACCGAGAUAAGAAAUUACCAUCUGUUUAGUGAACGUUUUACCUUGGAGCGGGUCUUGUCACAGGCGGUCUUUCUUCCCGGCAGCAUGGCCGCCCCCAACUUCGGCCUGUCUGAGGAAGGCUUUCAAUACCUGGCAGACUCAAUUCAUACGGUAUACAAUUUUGCAGCAGGAGUCUCAUUACUGAAGACCUACCGAGCGUUGGAAUCAGUCAAUACAGAGGCCGUGCGCACCCUCAUAUCCCUUGCAAAUAGGAAUACAACCGGCCGGGUCCCCGAAAUCAACCACUUAUCUACCUGGAGCAUCCCGCAUAUGCAAACCUGGCAAGGAGGAAGGCGAACCACCACAGAUGUGAUCAAAGGUGAGGAAAGCGCUGGCUACUUUGUGCCUCCAAAUAAUGACGAACACGGCUACUUGAAGUCACCAUGGGCGGCUGAGAUGAUUCUCACGAAAGCUGCAGGCCGAGGCUACCCCGUUUCCAUCUACCGAUCGUCUUCUAUUUCUGGAAGCAUAUUUACAAAUGUACCAGCUCCAAGCCUUGAUUUUGUCAACGGCAUGAUUAUGCAGAUGAUCCGACACCGACUCGUACCCGAUAUAUCCGCCCCGAAUGCCAACAGUGGAGACGUUGUGAUCGAUUUCAUACCUGUUGACGUGCUCACCCAUGCAAUAUACAGCCGUUCCGUCGCGGGGACUAUUCCACACCAAUUACCCUGCAUCUAUCAUCUAGGAAGCUCUCAACCCCUGCGCUUACAUGAUUUACCCUCAACGAUAGAUAGCAUAUUCAAGGAAGGAAACUAUGAGCUGGGCCAACCCGCCCGGAUCGUGGGCCUCAGAACAUGGCUUGAAGUUGUGAGGAAGAAUGCAAGUGAGCAAGAGCAGCUUUAUUGGACGGUCAUUGAGCAGUACUUGCAACAUGGACACAUCAUGUUUGCGUUGGACCAAAGUCAAACUGUCUCUGCUUCGCGAACAGCUGGUUGGUCUGGAAAAGGUCCUCGAAUUGACGCUGCAUAUCUCCGGCGUUUGUGGGCCCAAGGGAUGGAGGCCGGCGGCUGA